AUGAUCUCCGUUCAGGACACGCUUCGGUGUCACUGGGCUAGCCCAUCCGACGUGGUGUUGCUCCCGUCGCUGGUCAAAUCGUUCGACGCAACCACCCUACCACCCAUGUCGCUGCAAAGUCACCACCACCCACACCACCAAUCGCUGCCUUCGAUCACAUCCCUGCUCCACCGCCACCACCAGUCGGAUCCACCUUCCCCCGACACGGGUUGCCAUUCCACCAGCCCACAACCCUCACUGUAUCAUGCGAUGGCGUACCAAACACUCCACAACGACGACGCCACCUGCAGCCCAAACUCCGUCGCAUGUUCUCCGCAUCAACUCCUGUCCACCCACAAGCCUCGAUGGCGCCUCUCCAAGUACUGCACCGUCGAGAGCUGCGAGCGAGUGUCCCAACGCAACGGGCUCUGCCACCGCCAUGGAGGCAAGCGGUCGUGCAAAGAAGAGUCAUGCCGUGCCAAAGACCGAGGCAAUGGCUACUGCAUCCGGCACGGAGGCGGACGGCCGUGCGACGUGGCCAACUGCGGCAAGAAGGCUCGUCGGCAAGGCAUGUGCACGCAGCACUACCGUGUGGUCCACCCCAACUAGAGAUUCGUAGUAGUACAACAGCGUAGUCAGUCGUACUCUUAUUUAAUACUGUAUGGUCCGUGUCAUGUGCUCAA